ACUGUCACUCAAGGCGUCUACCAACACCAAGAGCAAGCAACCAUGAUUCAAUUCAUCGUGGAGGUAACAGCUAUCGUGCUUCAGAUAGCUAUCGAGGGCCAGAGAGUUAUCGAGGUCCAACUUAUCAAGGUGCAGACCAUUACCCAGAUCGUUAUACAGACCGGUACCCAGAUCGUUAUCCAGACCGAUACCCAGAUCGAUACCCAAACCAUUACCCUGAAAGAGGGUACCGAGAUUUCCAUGAUAGCUACAGAGAUGUUUAUAGGGAUAGGUAUCGAGUUGGUUAUUAUGGUGAUGGUUAUUAUAGUGAUCGUUAUUUUGGCCCACCUCGUUAUACUCCAUAUGGUUAUGGUGGAAGACGAAUGAGAAGUCGAUCACCUCCACCCAGGUCUUACCAUGGUAACUAUGGAUACCCACCAAGACGGUAAGAUGAAGUAUUAUGAGUCGAGUGAAAAUAUCUACAUAUCUUAGUCAUCACAUGGAACAGAACAUUAUGUACAAAACAUAGUUCCCUUUUUUAUCUUUUACAACUAUUUUAAAUGCAAUCCAUAGCUAGACAAGCUACUUUUACAAAGACUACAAAGGCUUGUGUCAUAUUACUACCAAUACAAUACAAUUCACCUUAAAAUGUUGUGAAGAACCUUCUCAUUCGGAAUGGCGACCAUAAUAUUGUUAACAUAUGUGGCAUUGCAAACUGCAAGUGUUGUAGUUUGUUAUGAUUUAUCAAGAAAUGAUUGACCUGGAUAAAAGAUUAAAGAAUACGAAGUGACAAGUAUCGGUAGGCUAUCUUAAACGGACGUAGGUCUUCCACAGAGGUAAAGAAAUCUCGGAAACGGUUCCCAUGUUGUUGAUACGCUUAUCGGUUUAUUCGUCAUGUGUGAAGUUUUCUAUAGCUGUCAAAGAUAUCGAAUCAUAUCCAAUGUCUGUUCAUUACCGAGAGUGGGAAGGAUGCAGUGCAACAAAUGAAUACAAGAUGAUUAAAAUCUUUGUACAGUGGUUAUUUGAGUGAAGAUACUUAUCUGAAGGAAUUUCUUUGCCAUUAUGAACAUGCUGAAGAUGCGCUAAAAGCUGUGCAGAAGUUAGAUGACUCUCAAUUCAUGGGUGUACAUAUUCAAGUUCAGCAUGCUAAAAGCAAGGGGAAGCCAAAUGCUGGUGAAAAUGAAUGUUUUGAGUGUGGACGAGAUGGUCAUUGGUAUGAACCAUGAUUCUUAUUAUGGUUUCUCUGAAUUGCUGCCAAACAAUUUGCCACUAUAUUUCAGGGCCCGUGACUGUCCAAAAAGACGAAAACAUGAUGAUCGGCGUUACAUGCGCCUACCAACACCAAGAACAAGCAACCAUGAUUCAAUUCAUCGUAGAGGUAACAGCUAUCGUGCUUCAGAUAGCUAUCGAGGGCCAGAGAGUUAUCGAGGUCCAACUUAUCGAGGUGCAGACCGCUACCCAGAUCAUUACACAGACCGUUACCCAGAUCGUUAUACAGACCGUUACCCAGAUCGUUAUACAGACCGUUACCCAGAUCGUUAUACAGACUGUUACCCAGAUCGUUAUACAGACCGUUACCCAGAUCGUUAUACAGACUGUUACCCAGAUCGUUAUACAGACCGUUACCCAGAUCGUUAUACAGACCGUUACCCAGAUCGUUAUACAGACUGUUACCCAGAUCGUUAUACAGACCGUUACCCAGAUCGUUAUACAGACCGCUACCCAGAUCGUUAUACAGACCGUUACCUAGAUCGUUAUACAGACCGCUACCCAGAUCGUUAUACAGACCGUUACCCAGAUUGUUAUACAGACCACUACCCAGAUCGUUAUACAGACCGUUACCUAGAUCGUUAUACAGACCGCUACCCAGAUCGUUAUACAGACCGUUACCCAGAUCGUUAUACAGACCGCUACCCAGAGAGAAAUAUUCAAGACAAAACUAUCACGUCAAAAAAUGUUGAAUAAAGUCUGUUUAAGACAGAAAUAUAACCAAAAAACAAUUUUCAGGGCAGAGAUAUCACCAUUUGCAUGAAUGAAAAAGGUUCAACAGUUCAAGCAGAAAUAUCAUUUGCAAUUUUGAAUGAAAGAUAUAUAUACUGCACAAAAAAUGACCUUCAAUGUUUAAGUAAUUUUUAAUAAAUUUUUAACAUAAUAUUUAUGUUUGUAUCUAAGUUUUUUUGUGAUCUAACAGAGGACUGCAAAGUAUCAGGCUUUGUUUUGAAAAUAUGUUUAAAAGCCAUUUAUUUAAAAACCAUCUUGCACUUUUUACAUUGAAUUGCGUGACUUCACGUCUUUAUAUCAUAAAUUUAAUUCUUGUUAAAUAUAUUAGUAAUUUAGUAAAUUUUUAAAUAUACACAUAAGAAGUGGG